ACUCAAGAGUCAAGACAAUUAGUCCACAUUCUACACAACACAAGGGCUGUUUAUUCAACCAACAUUCAUUAUAUCAUCAUCCCCUUUUCCUCCUCCUUUUGGCCUUGUUCAUUCUCUUUCACUCACUUUUCACACUCAUUUCGCCUCUCUCUGCUGCCCUUCUUCCUCCAUGUCCAUGGAUUCCUCCAAGCUCAUACUUCUUCUAUUUUCAGCUUCGUUGUUUUUUACGGCAGCGUCCUCCAUCGGCAUAAACUACGGCCAGAUCGCUAAUAAUCUCCCCCACCCGGAGGCGGUAGUUCCACUUGUCAAAUCUAUCGACGCCACUCGCCUGAAGCUAUACGACGCCGACCCACGAGUCCUCAAGGCCUUUGCUAACACCGGCGUCGAGUUUAUCGUCGGCCUUGGCAAUGAGUACUUGGCAACCAUGCGAGACCCCAAGCAAGCGCAAGCCUGGGUGAAGACCAAUGUCCAGUGCUAUUUACCAGCCACCAAAAUCACCUGCAUUGCUGUGGGGAACGAAGUUCUCACGUUCAACGACUCCACUCUUGCUUCUAACCUCCUUCCGGCCAUGGAAAACAUUCACGCCGCCCUCGUUUCGCUAAAUCUCGACAAGCAAGUUAUGGUGACGACCGCCCACAAUUUGGGCAUUUUGGAGGUUUCUUAUCCUCCCUCCGCCGGCGCAUUCCGCCGGGAUCUGACGCAGAAGUUGUCCUGUAUACUUGAUUUUCACAGCAAAGUGGGCUCCCCGUUCUUGGUAAAUGCCUAUCCUUUCUUCGCCUACAGGGCUAAUCCCAAGCAAAUACCGUUAGAUUUCGUGCUGUUUGAAGGCUCCGGGAUAGUGGACACAGGUUCGGGCCUGCAUUACGAUAACAUGUUUCAUGCCCAAAUUGACGCGGUGCACUCAGCAAUUGAAAAGGUUGGGUACAAAAACGUGUGUUUGCAGAUCUCCGAGACGGGCUGGCCGUCAAAGGGAGACGCCGACGAGGCGGGGGCGACGCUGGACAACGCGAGGAAGUAUAACGGGAACCUGCUCAAGUUGAUUGCCGAGAAGAAGGGGACGCCAAUGAGGCCCAAUUUGAAUUUGAAUAUCUAUGUGUUUGCUUUGUUUAACGAGAACCAGAAACCCGGCCCGACUUCGGAGAGGAACUUCGGGCUCUUCAAACCCGAUGGGACCCCGGUGUAUAAUCUGGGUUUCAACGUGACGGGCUUGGCGAGUACAAACUCGCCGAGCUCCGGUGGCAGCUCCGGCGGUACGAUGCCGUCGGUCUCGGCGCCGCCGAAUGGCUACUUGUCCAUUACUGCUGAUGACGCUGAGAGGCUUCCUUUCCGAGGGCCGUUAUCUGUUUUCUGCUUGAUGGUUUCGACUAUUCUUGCAUUAUGGCUCUGAAUUUUCAAUCCGGAUCUCAAAAAGGGAUCCCAUUCAAGAAGAAUCAUCAGUGUAUAAAGGAGGAGGAAUAACGGAGAGCUUAAAGCGUGUAUUCUAUUCUAUUCCUUUACAUCUUCAUCGCCAACGUUCUUUUCAGAAUCAUCAUCUUUUCUCUUAGCUUAGAGCAUCGAUCCUGCGUCCUACUCGACACCGGUGUGUGGAACUAUGCAACCAACUAGUUUCCCAGAUGUUUUUUGUGCUUUCAACAGUGUAAGAGACUAGAGGGGAAUUAUGAAAUGGUGGGAUGGGAGAAAGAUGCUUCUCUUUUAGGCUGGCAAUCAUGUAUUGCUCUUCCUAUCUGUAAUUUUUGUUUUUGUGUAGGGGAUGAGAUGUGAAGGCAUUUGUUGAGUUUAGCCGUUCCUUGUGUAUUCUACCAGGAAAGUUAGAUGAAUGGACCCCUCCAUUGUUGUUCUAUGUUUCUUUACUUCUUGUUGGUUUAUGGUAUUGGGAUCCUAGGAGAUUUUUUCUUCUUA